GGCUGAGCAGAAGCAGGCUGGCGGAUCCUCGCACUCGGUCUGCAGUCAGUCUGAUGCGCUGCGCUGCGCAAUAACCCAGCAGAACCACCUGUGCGGCUCCGCUGCUCCACCUCACGGAAUACCCGCGCGCGUUCCCAGGAUCCGUUAAGCUCCGGUGAUGCUCCUCUCGCCCGGUGGGAAUGUUUGAAUGAGGACGAACAAGCCCGCUUUUAUGUGAUUGCAUUUGUGCGCCUUUUCGUGGAGUAUCGCAACAUGGACUAAUUGUAUUAUCCACCAUGGGAUUAUUGCAGUUGUUUGUUGGAUUAUUUUACGCGGCAGCAGUCGCUGCGUUCGGAGUGGAUCCGGCGGUCCGGAUCAGCGUUUUCCAAGAGUUCAGUCCUGGAGAAGGGUUUUCCGGCGUGACACAGGUGCAAGGUUUCCAUGAUGACACGAGAGCGUUCCUCUUCCAAGGCUCGUCCCGGAGCGUGAGGGUCCCAGAUGACGCGGCGGGCCGCAUGCUGCAGAAACUCAGAGGAAAGAGUGAGUUCACCAUCGCACUGACGCUCAAACAGGAGAAACUCAACUCUGGGGUCAUACUGUCCAUUCAUCAUGGAGAACAGAGACUGCUGGAGCUGGAGAGCAGCGGACAGAAGAGCGAAGUACGUCUUCAUUUCCAGACCAAAGGCCAGCAGACGUACACGGAGAUCUUCCCCUACAUGCUCGCCGACGACCAGUGGCACAAAGUCUCCGUCUCCAUCAGCGCUUCACAUGUGGCGCUCUACGUCGACUGCAAUAAAAUCUAUGAGCGAGUGGUUGCUGUUCCGCUGAUGGAGAUCCCAGAAGACACGUCGUUCUGGAUCGGACAGAGAAACAGCGCUCAUGGCUUAUUCAAGGGAGUGAUGCAAGACGUUCAGAUCCUUGUAAUGCCUCAAGGAUACAUCACGCAAUGCCCCGACCUCAACCGUACCUGUCCAACCUGCAACGACUUCCACGGACUCGUGCAGAAGAUCAUGGAGCUCCAGGACAUCUUGGCGAAAACGUCGAGCAAGCUGUCUCUGGCCGAGGAGAAGAUGAAGGGUCUGGACUCGUGUUAUUGCGAGAGGACGUGUCACGUGAAGGGAGUGACCUACAGAGAGGAGCAGACCUGGACCGACGGCUGCAAGAACUGCACGUGCUCGAAUGGAACGGUCCGUUGUGAGAAGAUUCUGUGCCCCCUGCUCGAAUGUCCUGACGGUACGACCCCAGCGUAUGUGACAGGAACCUGCUGCAAAGAGUGCCAGUCGAUGUGCUUGUUCUCGGAGCAGACGCUGGUGGAAGGACAACGCUGUGCUGUUCAUCAACCCACCACCGGACUCUGCCAGCUGUUUGAAUGCAGGGAUCGUACGAUGCACAGAGUUACGAACACAGACUGUCCGCAGCUCACCUGUGCUGAUUCUGAUCAGAUCACACUGACAGACAGAUGCUGCAAAGUCUGCAGAGGUCACGACUUCUGCGCGGAAGAGAACAUCUGCGCCGAGAACUCGGCCUGCGUGAACUUAGACGGCGGCGCGAGCUGCAGCUGCAAGAACGGCUUCCGGCCGCUGCGCGAGGACAGCGCCUACUGCGAAGAUAUCGAUGAGUGUGCGGAGGGGAGGCACUACUGCCGUGAGAACACACAGUGUGUGAACACCGCCGGCUCCUUCAUGUGCAUCUGCCACACCGGAUUCAUCCGGAUCGAUGAUUAUUCCUGUACAGAGCACGACGAGUGCGCGUCCGGUCAGCACAGCUGCGACGAAAACGCUUUGUGUUUCAACACCGUCGGCGGCCACAGCUGCUCCUGCAAACCCGGAUACACCGGCAACGGCACCGUCUGCAGAGCUCUGUGCGACGGCCGCUGUCUGAACGGCGGCUCCUGCGUUUCUCCCAACAUCUGCGUGUGUCCGCAGGGCUUCAGCGGGCAGACCUGCGAGACGGAUAUCGACGAGUGCUCGGAGGGUUUGGUUCAGUGUGACACACACGCCACCUGUGUGAACUUACCUGGCUGGUAUCACUGUGAGUGUCGUGACGGUUACCAUGACAACGAGGUGUUCACCGCCAACGGAGAGUCCUGUAAAGACAUCGACGAGUGUCGGACGGGCCGCAGCACCUGCGCAAACGACACCGUCUGCUUCAACCUGGACGGCGGCUACGACUGCCGCUGCCCUCAUGGACACAACUGCACCGGCGACUGCAACCACGACGGCAAGGUCAAGCACAACGGACAGAUCUGGGUCCUGGACAGUGACAGAUGCUCCGUGUGCUCGUGUCAGUCGGGCCGCGUCCUGUGCAGACGGAUGGUGUGUGACUGUGACAAUCCCACGCUGGAUCUGUUCUGCUGUCCGGAGUGCGACCCGCGCCUCACGUCUCAGUGUCUCCAUCAGAACGGCCUGCUCACCUACGCCAGCGGAGACACCUGGAUCGACAACUGCCAGCGCUGCCAGUGUCUGCAGGGUGAGGUGGACUGCUGGCCUCUGUCCUGCCCGCCGGCGGACUGUGACUUCACGCUGGUGCCCGAGGGCGAGUGCUGCCCACGCUGCGUCUCGGACCCGUGCCAGGCUCACGCCGUCCGCCACGACAUCACCAAGACCUGCGAGGACGAACACGGCAUCACACGCUUCAGCGGCUCGUCCUGGGUCAAACACGGCACCGACUGCACACUGUGCCAGUGCAAGAACGGACACAUCUGUUGCUCAGUGGAUCCCAUGUGUCUUUAGUCGCUGCGCUCGACGCUAUCAGCACCUGUACAGUCUCACGCGACCGUCCCUCCACGACCUUCCCCGAAUAAAGCCAAAUAUGAAUGGUGUAUAAUAUCAGACAGACGCCAGCGUACCCGAGGAGGCCAUCUCUGCACAAACGAGGACUAUAAACCCAUCCAAACACGACCACGCACACGCCGGCAUGACCACACUGGAUGUUUAAAGAAUAAAACAUUCGUUCAUUUUUAUCUCUUCGACGAUCACAGGAUGUAGAAAUUUUAGCUAGUAAGUAAAUCUUAAUGUAUUUCUCUUUUGCCUGGUUAUGGAAGUCGAUGCUAUUUUGUUGGUGUUUUCACCGCACUUUUUUCGAUUAGCCUUCCGUGUCUGUUUUUUCCCGUCUAGAUUUUAAAUUAUUAUAUGGCUUGUUCUUGUCUGAUGGUGAAUAAAAUAUCUCCAUUUCCAUUUA